AUGGUAAGGAACCUCUUAGAUUACACCUUAUAUUGCAGUUUAAAUGCUGAACACGUAUGGGCUGGGGUGGCGAUUAUGAUACAUAAUAAAUUAAAAAGAUUCGUAUGCUUCAACCCAAUCUCCAGCCAAAUAUGCUGCCUUACCCUAAACUUAGGAUACAAAAAAGUUCAUUUGUUUAAUAUAUACGCGCCUCACAAUGAUAGUGUUUUCUAUAUGGAAUUGGAGAAUGUCUUAAAGGAACUACCGCAUCAGGAUGGCAUCAUUCUAGCAGGCGAUUUCAAUGCUUCGGUAUGUAAAUAUAAGAACUCUUCCUGCCUUGGAAACGCCACAUUAAUACAAAAUACGAACCCCAACGGUAAAAGGUUAAUAGAAAUCUGUGAGCUUUUCAACAUGAAAAUUGGAAAUACUUUCUUCAAUCAUCCAACUCAUCACAUCAUGACUUACAAGAGUCCUUCCUUUGGAACUACCUCGCAGAUAGAUUUCUUUGUAAUUUCCACUAAGAUCUUCAAAACGAGAUGGCCUAGACCUAGAUGUGACUACCCCUUCCAAUCACCCAGUCAGAAUCUACACAAGUCCGAUAUAGUCGGUGCCAUCAAACGUCUAAAAAUGCAUAAAGCUGCUGGAGCUGAUGGGAUCUUUGCAGAACUCUGGGAGAUAGAGGUAGACCUAAGUGCCAGCUUACUACUUCCCUUCUUUAGGGAGAUUUGGAAUACGGGUAAGUUUCCUGACGAAUGGAUGACAUCAAUUAUACUAAACUUCCCUAAAAAUAAGUCCGCAAACUGCCUUAAGGAUUACAGAGGUAUUGCACUCAGUCACACUAAAAAUGUUCACAUACAUUAUAUCGGUCAGGAUUAA